UUAAUUACCAUAUGAUACGAAUCAUAAAUAACAACGAAAUAUAGUUUGUUGGUUUCGGUUAGACAAUUGGAUUUAUGCAACUCGAAUCUUAAAGUUCCAAAGUUGUGUCAUAAUGAGAGAAAUAUGUCAUAUCCAAGCCGGCCAAUGUGGCAAUCAAGUCGGAUCUAAAUUUUGGGAGGUGAUUUCUGACGAACAUGGAAUUGAUCCGACGGGGACCUAUCACGGUGAUAGCGACUUACAAUUGGAGAGGAUUAAUGUGUAUUAUAACGAAGCAACUGGGGGUAAGUAUGUACCAAGAGCCGUACUUGUAGAUCUCGAACCCGGUACGAUGGAUUCGACUAGAUCAGGUCCUUUCGGUCAAAUUUUCCGACCAGACAAUUUUGUCUUUGGGCAGUCUGGUGCUGGGAACAACUGGGCGAAAGGGCAUUAUACCGAAGGCGCCGAAUUAGUGGAUUCUGUAUUGGAUGUCGUGAGAAAAGAAGCGGAAAGUUGCGAUUGCUUGCAGGGAUUCCAACUUACACAUUCUUUAGGCGGGGGCACUGGGUCUGGAAUGGGAACGUUAAUAAUCUCGAAGAUUAGGGAAGAAUAUCCAGACAGAAUAAUGAAUACGUUCAGCAUCGUGCCAUCGCCAAAAGUGUCCGAUACGGUAGUGGAACCGUACAACGCGACACUUUCCGUCCAUCAGCUAGUCGAGAAUACUGACGAAACUUUUUGUAUAGACAACGAGGCAUUAUACGAUAUUUGCUUCAGAACUUUGAAACUCACGACUCCAACUUAUGGUGACCUGAACCAUCUGGUUUCUGCCACAAUGUCCGGAGUCACUACGUGCCUAAGAUUUCCUGGCCAACUCAAUUCAGAUCUGAGGAAACUGGCAGUCAACAUGGUCCCUUUUCCCAGAUUGCACUUUUUCAUGCCCGGGUUCGCUCCUUUGACGUCGCGAGGCUCGCAGCAGUAUCGAGCACUUACAGUACCAGAACUGGUCCAGCAGAUGUUCGAUGCGAAAAACAUGAUGGCAGCAUGCGAUCCUCGACACGGACGGUACCUCACAGUAGCAGCUAUCUUCAGAGGGAGAAUGUCCAUGAAAGAAGUGGACGAGCAGAUGUUGAACGUCCAAAAUAAGAAUUCGUCUUAUUUCGUCGAAUGGAUCCCCAAUAACUGCAAAACGGCCGUCUGCGACAUCCCGCCACGAGGUUUGAAAAUGGCAUCCACCUUCAUUGGAAAUACGACCGCAAUCCAAGAGCUUUUCAAACGAGUAUCCGAACAGUUCACUUCCAUGUUCCGGAGGAAGGCCUUCUUACAUUGGUACACCGGAGAGGGAAUGGACGAAAUGGAGUUCACAGAAGCUGAAUCAAAUAUGAAUGACUUAGUGUCAGAAUAUCAGCAAUACCAAGACGCAACUGCAGAAGAAGCCGGCGAAUUUGACGAGGAUGAAGACAACGUCGAAGAAGUUUAAAUUAUCGAGUAAUUGUAUCAUUCAAAUUUUCUUUUUUUUUACAUAUAAACCUACGGAAAUAAUAACAUUCAAAAAUUAUAAUUUUCUUGUUUGUUCAAUCGUGUGAAUUUAUUCACUUAUUUCACUCUUUAAUUAUAAUUUAUUUCUACAAAAACUUA